GACCUGACCUUGUUCAGAGAUGAAAAUACCAAGUACCCUGAACAAGUAUGGUAUACUCUCGCCGCUUUUCUCUUCGUGAUCGGCUGCUUCCAGUGGGGGUUGUUCCUUCAUUCCAAGUUUGCCAGGCGGGGACACCACGAGUUCGACGAAGAAACGACUACCACCAAUGGCGUUCAUAAGAAAUUUUCUCUUCGUCGAAUUCCGCUUGCUGUCAUAAAUUUCUAUCGCGUCGUUGCCUUUCGAUGGACCCUAGAAAUAGGACAAUCCUAUACCCUGAACAUGGCAGAGGUCUUUGUCACUGUGGCAUACAUCAUCCUUCUGUUGAUCUAUGCUUUCAUUAAUACCACCUCAGUCGAGGGUCAGACGCUUGAUAUCACCUACUGGAGCAACCGCAUAGCAAUGCUGGCGUCCAGUCAGUUUCCCAUCGUCACGGCUCUUGGCACAAAGAAUAAUCCCGUAUCUCUGGUCACAGGCAUCAGUUACGAUAAGCUUAAUUAUAUCCAUCGAAUGACGGCUAGGACGUGCUUCAUGCUACUUUGGGUACAUGGAGCUGGCCAUAUCGUAUCCGAUCCCUACGAACCAUUCCUUCGCGCCGGUGUCACUGCCAUGGUCGCUUUCUCUAUUCUGAUCAUAGUAUCACUGCGUCCCGUUCGCAGCAACAUCUACGAGGUCUUCUUUUAUGUUCACUUCCUUGGCGUCCUCAUAUUUCUGAUGGGAGGAUAUUACCACACCAAAGGUGCUCACGGGUCGUAUUGGAUAUGGCCCUCGUUUGUGUUCUGGGCUUUCGAUCGCUUCAUCCGGGCGGUUCGACUCGUUGUAUUCAACCACUCUUACUUUGGGUUCAAGUCAGGAACUGGGACAAUGGACGCAGCGACUGAAAUGCUUUCCGAAAAUGUCGUUCGAUUGCGCCUACGUCGACCCCAGCAUUUCCAUUGGUCCCCAGGGCAAACGGCGUAUCUAAUAAUGCCCUCGGUUUCGACACUGCCAUUCGAAGCGCACCCCUUUACUAUUGCGAGUUUUGAUUCUAGUCUGCUGUCAACUCCAUCAGCGGAGGAUCAAUCCAGCGCUGAGGUCACAGGAUCUAGCGCUCCGUUCUGGAAGGAGCUGGUAUUUUUGGUCAACGUGCAGGGAGGUUUCACGAAAAAGCUCAAGGAAGUAGCUGCCAAGAAGGAAGCUAUCAAAGUUUUUGUAGAUGGUCCUUACGGGCCAUCUCCUGACCUUGGUUCAUACGAUACCUGUGUAUUGGUGGCAGGCGGGUCUGGUGUCUCGUACACCCUCCCGGUCUUCCUUAACAUCAUCGAACGCGUACGCAAAGGGAAAAGCUCUUGCACACGCGUGGUAUUCAUUUGGUCCAUUCGUGGGGCUGAGUAUGUCCAAUGGAUCGAAGAAGCACUUAUCAAUGCUGUUCAACUUGCUCCGCCUUCCCUGGCAAUCUCUAUCCGUAUCUUUAUCACCGCAUCUUCAUCCAACACAAAAGCGAUCCCUGAACGCACGGUAGUUAGGAAAAAUUCCUUAUCACUGUCAUUCUUGUCGCUGCGCGGCGUUAGGACGGAAAAUGGAAGGGCGGAUCUAGAUACACUGCUCAAAGAAGAGGUCGAUGUCACCUCGGGGAGGAUGUCGGUGGGCGUUUGCGGAUCGCAGGGUAUAGCGCGUGCGGUCCGUCAUGCGCUUCGGUUCCCGGUCUCUGGGCCUUCUAGUAUCCUCAGUGGUGGACCGAGCGUGACGCUGCACGUUGAAUCGUUCGGAUACGCUUGAUAGUCUCGAGUCCCUUUUUUCUUAAACUUCUUGUUCACUUACCUCUGAUUACUGCGUAAUCAGGGAUUGCUCGCGAUUUGUUGCUGUGGGUUUCAAGGGUUCUUAGUAUUAUAUCUGUCAGCUGCGAAAAAAGUUUAAAUGAUUCGCAACUAGAGUAGAAUAUGUAAUUAUAUGAUACAUGGGCGCGACGAAUAUCGAGA